CUGGGAGGCGGGUCGCAGAGGCCUGCGAUGGCGGCUUUCCAGAACGGAGGAGAGGGGGUUGAUGGGCCCGUUCCGCCUCUUCGUGAUCUUCCUCGGCAGGGCGAUGAGCAUCUGGGAGCGCUUCGCCACGUGGUUCUGGGCAUCGCGGCUGUGACCACCGAGGGGGCCGCCCGCCAGCUCUCCUGCCCGUCUUUCUCCGACCCCUUCGCCCGGGAUGAGGAGGACAGGGAGGAGGAGCGAUCUCAUGCACUUUAGGUGCACGCGGCUGUGGAUGCUUUUAGAGCUCUCCGUGACCGACGGUGGCGCCCACCAGCCGGAAUUCAUACCCAUGGCAUCUCGCGGCAUGACAUUGUUUGCCCCUACUUGCGGGAGGAUGUCAUGGAUGCGUGCUUCGGGUAUGUGUGAGCACCUGCAGGGUGCGAGACGAGUGAGCAGCGCACAGCAAGCGUCUCUGGUGCCGGUGCCUGGAAUCGAAGGCCCGACCUCCCAGGGCCCAGCUUCGGCACAGAGCACUGCUCUGGCCCCUUUGAUCGAAGCGCGUGAGGUCAUUUUUUUUUAGCUGGUCUUGCUGAUAACAGCGUGACCAUGCUUAGCACCGCGGUGCGUGUACAUAGGGCGCAUCGGCAUGCCGAUUUGACAGGGAUCGCGAGCCGUGGGCGGCAAAAAGGUAGAUGGAUCAUCAUGGGACCUGCGCGUGCCAACGGG